AUGGCCAUGGAUGCGAAAGAGAUCGAGCUUCGCGGAAAGGCAAUCGGCAAAGCCGUCUCGGAAGGCGAACCCAGCACUUCUAUUCUGAAGUUGCUAAACGACCUCAAGACUGGUGUCCAUGCCACCGAGGACCUCUUGCGCUCAACAAGGAUUGGUGUCACCAUCAAUCGUCUGCGUACACACAAGGACCCCGCUGUGCAGAAACUGGCAACGGAGCUCGUAGCAAAGUGGAGGGAUGAGGUCAAGAAGAAGCAGCCGCCCAAGAAGGACGGCCCGGCCAAAGUAGCUACAAGCAAUGGCUCAACAUCUUCACCCGCUCCUCCACCGUCGGGCACUGCCUCCCCAGCGCCCAGUCAAUCCAAGAAGAAGCAUGACGUGCCUUCUGAUAAGCGCAACCACAAAACAGACAAGGUCAAGUACCAAGUCACUGGAAACGAGGCUCGCGACAACUGUGUGAGGUUGAUGUAUGACGGUUUAGCUUUUAUGAGCGAAGCAAUGCCUGAUGAAAUUCUCAACAUUGCCAAGAACGUCGAAGCCGCAGCUUACAGCAACGCUGGUAGCGUGAACGAGGCCUACAAGGGAAAGAUGCGCUCGCUUUUCCAGAACCUCAAAAAUAAGUCAAAUCCCCAACUCCGUAAACGAGUUCUCACUGGAGAAAUCACUGCCAAGAGGUUUGUCAUCAUGACGCAUGACGAGAUGAAGUCGGACGCGCGACGAGCCGAGGACGAGAAGCUUGAGAAGGAGAACAUGAACCAGGCCAUGGUCGCCCAGGUCGAGAAGGCCAUAUCAAAGGAGUUCCAGUGCGGCAAGUGCAAGCAGAAGAAGGUCAGCUACAGCCAAGCGCAAACCAGGUCUGCUGAUGAACCUAUGACGACGUUUUGCGAGUGCAUGAACUGUGGCAACAGGUGGAAGUUCUCCUAA